AAAAGCUUCCUGAUUAAGCUUUCUUCACCUCCUCCACCGCAAAACCUAGCCUCGAUCUCUAAACUCCAUAGCAAUCUCGUGCUUCAUUAGCUCAUUUUUUAGCAACUUCCUUCACCUCAAUCAAACUACACCAUGAUCUCCAACGAACGAUUGAAAUCACCCGCUCCAAAAGUCCUUAACGGCAACGAAUCGGCCUCAGCUCCUGUUCCCGAUGCUGACGCCACUGCUUCCGAAGACGAUAUGAGUGUAAACUCCGACGACGACGUUUCCCUCGAUUCGUCUCCCGAGAACAGUAGAGUCUCCAGCGGCGUGGGCCGUAGCUACGGGAGGAACUCGUCUUGUUAUACUUACUCCGAAGUGAGCUCCUCCAGAGACACUCUCGUCGUGGCUGCACGCGGACAGACGGAGCCUAGAUAUGAUACUGAUACGGAGGAGGAGGAUGAAUCGACGGAUUCAGCUUCGAGCUCGCAGUUUUCUCCUCCGGCGGCGGCGAAUGGGAGGAGGAUUGACGGCGGUGUGUCUAGGGUUGAAACUCACUUACCGAUUACGGACGGUGGAGCUUCCGCCGAGAAGGAGCUUGAUGACAAGUUUUCUUCUGAAGAAGUAAGCGAUAUUCCCAGUGCCCCUCCAUUUUCAGGGGCAGCAGAGGAGUCUGAAGAAAUCAAACCAGCGACUUCAGGCGUUCAAGUUUCAGAAGCCAUAACAGAAGAUUGUGUAGAAAGUAAAAGGACUGGCCAUUUUACUAGAACUAGUGCUGCUUCUGAGUCAUUUGGCCAUCUGAUCAACAUCCAGCUCGGCUGCCAAAUUUUCAUGCAAG